AUGGCCCGUUUCAAGCGCUCCAUUGAGGAGCUGGCCAACAAAUCCGAUUCCGACGACGAUGAUUACAGCGAUCACCCCGUCCGCUCGUCUCGACGCUCGGCAUCGAAAUCGAAAUCGAAAAAGAAGUCGAAGCCCGCAAAGAAAAAGGCUCGCCGCGGCUCAGACGACGAUAUCAUCUCGGACGAAGAUAUGCUGAGCGACGCAGAUGAGCUCUCUUUCCAGGAGUCCGACGAUGAUGAGGAGGAUCUGAACGCCCAAAGGAAUGCAAGAGGCCUAGUCGCGCGAAGGGCCGCCACAAAUCGACCAGUCUACAACGAGGAAGAGUCCAGCAGCGUGGAAAAUGAAGACGAUGAUGACAUAGAACCCGCUUCCCCGCCCAAGAAACGCAGGAGCACAGUAGUGAGGCUGAAAGUUGGCGAUGCUCUUAAGAGACAGCCGCCUGUGGACAACGGGAAUCGGCGGAUGACGCGGCGUACUCGUGGCGCGUCGGAAGACAUCUACGCUCUUACGAACUCUGGACGACAUAUGGAGAUGGUUGAGCGAGGUACUCGCAGCCCGGAAGCCGAGGCGGUACGGCGACCUCGUCGUGGCUCCCAUGCCCACAAACAGCCCCCGGUGGUGGAGGAGGAAGAGGAAGAGAGCCAAACGAAGCAAGAGGAGUAUAUUGACGAGACGACGAUGGAAGUGCGAGGCUCCCAGCUUGAGAUCAUGGAGAGCGACGUCCAAGUUAGUUUCGAGGACAGUGUUCCCGCAGAGCAGGGAGCGCCUGGCGCAGACGUCGGUUUUGUGCCCGAAUCCGAAAACGGGGAUGCUAAAGCCGGUGAGAAUAACGACGAGGACGAGGAUGAGGACGACGAAGGACCAGUGACACGACGAAGAAACAGGCCCAGUCGAAGUCAACAUGUCGAGGAGGCCGAACAACCGGAGGAAGACGACGCCGAAAGCCAGCAGCCUCGUCGUUCGAGCCGCAAGAAACCGAAAAGCUCUCAGCGCAAGCGACAGAACGAAGAUGAAAGUGAUUUUGAACCCGAAGAGGAAGAAUCCAACGACGAAGAUGAGAUAUCCCAGUCGGGCAAAUCGCAGCCUUCUCCACGCAAAGCUAGUCAGGCUCGCGAUGAAGAGGAGGAGGACAGCGUCGUCAGCCGACGGCCGGGCCUGCGCAAAAGACCGUCUCGAUCCCGUGGACAAUCUGAGGCAGGGGCCGAUAUCGCGGAGGAACUCGCCGAAGAGCUUGAGGAUCUCAGAGGCGGCCGGCCACGGAGGAGACUGCAGACAGAUAUCGUCUAUGAAAAACCUCGUCGGAGCAGAAAAGAUGUCGACUAUCGCAUUAUUCGUCCCGACCUUGUCUUGCCCAUCGAGGAGGCCGAGAAUGAAGUCAAUGAAUCUCCUUCGCGCCGUGGCCGGGGAGGCGGCGGCGGCGGGGGCUGGCAACGCACCCUGUUCCCUACGUAUGGACCUUUCGGCGGCGGCGGCCCGUCUGCCAUCCUUGCCCCCCCUGGCGCCCCGGCCGCCACGGGAGGCGUUGACAGUGACAGUAGCGAUGACGAAGUCAUGCAACAUCCGAAGAGUGCCGGCGGAUUAGCGUCUGGUGCUGCCUUGGUCAAUACUCAAACUCACUCCGCCGACGCCGCGCAAGGUCCUUCAGGGACGCCUGCGAAUCUUGGCAAGGUUAAGGAUAAACAGACACUUGCCGAUGCGGAUCCAUUGGGGGUCGACGUGACCGUCAAUUUCGAUAGCGUCGGAGGUCUUCAGGGUCACAUUGAUCAACUCAAGGAAAUGGUUUCCCUGCCGUUGUUGUAUCCGGAGAUCUUCCAGCGUUUCCACAUUACGCCUCCCCGAGGAGUCCUCUUUCAUGGGCCCCCUGGAACGGGUAAAACCCUCUUAGCAAGGGCUUUGGCGAAUAGUGUCAGUUCCGAAGGCCGGAAGGUCACCUUCUAUAUGAGGAAGGGCGCAGAUGCCCUGAGUAAGUGGGUGGGUGAGGCCGAGAGGCAGCUCCGGUUGCUGUUCGACGAGGCGCGCAAAACGCAGCCUAGUAUUAUCUUCUUUGAUGAAAUCGAUGGCCUGGCACCCGUGAGAUCGAGCAAACAGGAGCAGAUACAUGCUUCUAUCGUUUCGACUCUUCUUGCCCUUAUGGACGGCAUGGAUGGUCGCGGUCAAGUGAUUGUCAUUGGAGCAACGAACCGCCCCGAUUCCAUCGACCCUGCCCUCCGGCGUCCUGGUCGAUUUGACCGAGAGUUCUACUUUCCCUUGCCAAAUGCUGAAGGCCGUCGUUCCAUCUUAGACAUCCACACGAAAGGCUGGGAUCCCCCUCUUCCUAAUGACAUUAAGAACGAGCUGGCGGAGAUCACCAAGGGAUAUGGAGGUGCCGAUCUUCGUGCUCUCUGCACAGAGGCUGCCCUUAACGCAGUCCAAAGGCGGUACCCCCAGAUCUACAAAUCUGAUAAGAAGCUUGUAAUUGAUCCAAAGAACAUUGAUGUUACUCCGAAAGACUUCAUGAUAGCCAUCAAGAAGAUGGUUCCGUCGUCGGAACGGUCCACUUCAUCUGGUGCCUCGCCGCUACCUAAGGAAGUUGAGCCUUUGUUACGUGAUCCUCUCGGUGAUCUCAGGAACCAAGUGUCCGAAAUCCUUCCCCAGAGAAAGAGACUAACUGCCUUGGAAGAGGCACAAUUUGAGCAACCCGAGGACUCUGGAAGCUUCCGACACGAGCAGAUGCAGCAAGAUUUCGAUCGUUCGCGAGUCUUCCGGCCUAGAAUGUUGCUCCGCGGACCCCUAGGCAUGGGCCAGCAGUACUUGGCUGCCGCUCUUUUGCAUUACUUCGAGGGGCUGCAUGUCCAAUCGUUCGACCUCCCCACCCUCCUCAGCGACUCAACUCGGAGCCCCGAAGCAGCUGUUAUACAGCUCUUCGCAGAAGUGAAACGACACAGACCGAGUGUGAUUUACAUCCCAAAUCUCCAGACUUGGUCAGAUACCGUGGGACCGGCGGUUACUUCUACGUUCCUUGGAUUGUUACGAUCGAUUCCCCCUACCGAUCCCGUUCUGCUAUUGGGAGUUCAAGAGUCGAGCGGCGAAGAUAUAGACACCGGUUUAGUGAGGAACUUGUUUGGGUUUUCGAAGCGAAACUUCUUUGAGCUGAAAGCGCCUGGGCACGCUGCAAGACUAGAAUUUUUCAGCAAGGUAAUAGAGUACAUCAAGACUUCGCCGGUGCAUUUCCCCGACCCAGAAAACCGCAAACCGAGGGAACUCGAAACAUUGGAAGUUGCGCCGCCGCCGCCGCCAAAUGCAGACGCUGCGCCCUCUAAAGAACAGCUCAAAUCCCAGAAGAAGAAGGACCAUCAGACACUUAAUCUCUUGAAGAUUCGCAUCCAGCCCAUCAUGGACCAAAUCAAGAAAUACAAGCGGUUCAGGACCGGUGUGAUCGAUGAAUCCCAAAUCCGAUACCUGUGGGAGGAAGAUGACCCGAAUAUUGUCACGAGUGACUUGCCAAUUGAACAACGAAAGGCUACGUUUCGACCGUUUGAGAAGGCUCACGACAAGCAUGGAGUCCUAGGGCUGCGGGAGACGGUUUCGGGCAAAUUCUUCUACAAUAUGGAUAUUGUCACUAUCGAGAAACGUCUCUCCAAUGGCUAUUACAAGCGACCCAAAGACUUUUUGGCAGAUAUCAAACGAAUGACCAAGGAUUCCCGGCAACUAGGCGACCAGGAGAGGCUCCUAAGAGCGAAUGAACUCCUGUCUAACGUUGAAGUCGAUGUCGCCACCAUUGAGCAAGCGGAGCCCCAGCUGAUGAUGGAGUGUGAAAAUGUCUAUCUUCGAGAAUUAGAGCGCGAGAAGGUGGCGAUGCAAAAGGCCAAGCAGGCUGAAGAGGAGGAGGAUGCAUUCAUCGGCCGCCAGGCCACCAACCACAACGUUCCGCAUGGCAAUACAGAGUCCGGUCCCUCGACUGGACCUGUGGUGCUAGGUGAAUCUUUCCCAGUUAUUGCGCCUAGCGGGCAAGCUAGGCCGGUCACCCCGACACGGCGCUCUAACUUAAGUUACAUGACCAACGGGUAUCAUGGGGGCGGAGGGUCGGACCUGAAUGACCUAAGUACCCAUGCACUGACGAGCAAUGAGUCUCACCUGUCUCGACCGGAUGGAGACGGGGACGUUUACAUGACCAAUUCCGAAGACCACUCGGGCGAGAGAGAAACACAGACUAGCUCGUUUGGCCCAUCGGCUCAGCCAAAGCCGCCGUAUUCACACACGGCACCAUCGCAGCAAGUGCGACGGGAAUCAGGCCUGUCGAGCCUGUCGCAAAAGGGCCCAAUGACGCCGAUGGCUCCCGGAUCGCAGCCGCACGAUUAUACCAACGAAGCUUCCACCACCCAGACCACGUCCGACAAGAAGUCGUCGGAGCAGUCGUCCGUCCUCCAAAACUACACGCAAAGUCCUGUGGCGGGCCACGGGAUGCGGCAUGAAUUCCCCGAUCUGACCCAGUACCCGGACCGUGUAUCGCAAGAAGAGCAUCUCCCAGACACGCAACAGGGUGACAAUAGCAGCCAGCCAUCACCUCGUGGAAACCCGGACUCCGAACAUCAAGGGCCCAAUGCGAAUUCGCCCCCACCGAAAUCGCAGCCCCCGGUGCCUCUUUUCGACGCCUCUGCAAAGCAUCCGACCCAUGUAUCCACCGAUCUUCAAAAUAUCCUGAACAAUGAAGAUCUCUCGCCGAAGUUGAUUUUGGAUCAAGAUUAUGUCGAAGAGCUGCAUGGUCAACUCACCCAACGGAGUAGUGGCUGCUCAGUGGAACAGUUGGAGCAGAUCAACACCAGCCUCAUGGAUUACCUAUGGAGCAUGCGUGGGGAGUGGAACCGUAGCAGGGUCGCGGCCGGCAUCCAGGAAACGUUCAACGAGGUACUGGAAGACAUGCAGGCAAUGCAAGAUAUCGGGCCCAUCAGUCAAAAGACGAAGGACCAAUUCGAUCAGUUCGGGCUCUAG